CGGUAAAACGCAUGCGCAGGCCGUGCGGUAAUGGCGAGCUACACAGGGGGACAUGGGCGAAAACGUACCACUAAAACUCGUUAUGAUUCCAGCUUUGUCAACCAACCUAUUUACAUUUUGUUAAUGCCAUAGUAACUUGCCAACGAUGCUGUAAGCUACUCGUAUUCCAUCACCUCACACACAUUCCUGUCCGCCCUGGAUCACCCAAACUCUUCAGCUUCACACCCCAACCUUCACCAGCGAUUCACUCGCUUGACCCUGGGCGGCGGUGGAGAUUUUAAGUCCACACCACACCCUGCUUUCCCUCACCCAGACAUGGCACCCAAGAGAAAACGAGGAACUUCUUCGGCGGAAGAUAUUGUCAAGAAUAAGAAAUCCAAGGAAGGCAGCAUUAGAAAUUAUCUUCAUAGCAGCUCGUUGACCAGCCAUCAUCACCACGUUAGUAGGGCACCCUUUUCAGUCAAGAAAUGUCAGAACUGGUUUAGAGAAUACAUGGACCCGGAUACAGAUUCAUUAGGCCCUGAAGGUAUGGAGAAGUUUUGUGAAGACAUUGGUGUAGAACCAGAGAACCUGGUCAUGCUGGUCCUGGCCUGGAUGUUAGAUGCUAAACAGAUGGGCUUCUUCACACAAACAGAGUGGAUGAAUGGCAUGACCAAAUUACAGGUGGACGGCACAGAAAAAAUUAGGGGAAAGUUAGAGACAUUACGAGCCCUUUUAGAUGAACCUGCAACGUUCAAGAAGAUCUACAGAUAUGCUUAUGAUUUUGCUAGGGUGAAUAAAGAUCAGCGUAGCAUGGACCUUGAUACUGCCCAGGCCAUGCUGACGUUGCUACUGGGUCGUCAAUGGCCUCUCUUUAGUCAGUUUCACCAAUUCCUUGAGAAGACCAAGUACAAGGUGAUCAACAAGGACCAGUGGUGCAAUAUCCUGGAGUUCAGCAGGGCCAUCCGACCUGACCUUAGUAACUAUGAUGAAGAUGGUGCUUGGCCUGUGAUGCUUGAUGAAUUUGUGGAGUGGUUCCGAUUACACCAGACAGGGGGUGCCUCCUCGUCAGCGUUCACGUAACGACAGCCAGUCAAACAACUUGAUGACUACAACUCAAAAACAUGGACAACUUUUAAUACAAGACACUGAACAUGACAAAGAAGCUGCGACAAAAGCUUCUCACCUGAUUUCCAACAUGCCUAACUGCCAAACUGCAAAGGCACAUGCUUCCAUGCUAGGACGGCUUUGAUACAAAUGAAAAUAAAACAGUAAAAGGGUGACUGUGUGCUGCCGCUCCUCCAGUCGUGACUAUUCCAUGUGAUGUAGCACUUGUUCUUGUCUGUCUGUCCACCACAUCCUGCUGCGAUGCACAUGUGUAUAUAACACGGGAACGGAUCAUUCACCUGCAGAUUAUUUCCAUUGUAAAUAAAGCAAGUACCAGGCCAUCAUUAAUCAGGCUAUGGAUGCAAUGGAUAAGGACUGUCUAUACUCUGCCACAGUAGAUAGAUACCUGGAGUGCAAGAAAGACGUAGCUUCAUCUUUGACCUUAAGUGCAAGAAGGACACAGCUCUAUCUUUAAUAUUAAGAGAACAUUGGCUUCCUUGUGAAAGAUUUGCAUCGGGUCUGUUUUCCGUUUUCGCCAGAGGGUGGUUAUCUAUUCCAGUUAAACGAAAUAGAAAUACGAAGCGUUAAAUAGAUGCUUCUAUCUGGUGCAAGAAGGACAUAACUUCAUCUUUUCCAUUAAGAGAACAAUUGCUUCCUGGAGAAAGAUUUGCAUCAGGUCUUCACCAUUGUGGUGUCAUAGGAUGGUUAUCUAUUCCAGCUUAUGAAAAAAAUAUGAAAUUUUGAGCAUAUAUUACGGACACUAGGUGGAAGUCUUUGCACAGAGCAAAGAAAAUAAUCAGUCGGUUUUAUUUUAUUUUCUGAUUGCAGAAUAUGCGCACUCUCAUUUGAAUUGUCUUGUAUGUUUAUACGCCACGUCAGAAUGUGUAUGUAAUGAGCUUUUUUAUAAAUACUUGAUCCCUUCCAGCCAUUUUACCUUCACUGUUCGUAGAAGUGGUUUUGCAAAAUUGUUGAAUAUUGAUAUUCAAACUGCAUAACUUUGUUUAUUUGUAUUGUUUUGUUUUUAUAUGUGAUGAUUUUUAAAAAUCCUAUUAUGGAUGAUGAUAGGGCAUUAUGGGAUUAACAAAUGUGAAACCUCUUUGAUAAUUUGUGUGUGGGCCACUAGACUGGUUGUGAAAGAUAUGUUCACCUAAAGGGUACUUGCUUGUUUAUCUAUGCCAAAGGAUAUUAGGGACCUUGGAAGUGCUCUUGUGUGAUUAUGAAUGUUGCAAAACUUUUAGUUGAAGUUUCUUUUUCUUUUUCAGUGUAGCUGAGAGCAGAUAAAUUGAUAUUCAUGGUUCUCACAUUGUUUUUAACUUGGGUUGCCAGCUAGGCUAACUUCAGAAACUUCAAACUCAAGACCAUAGUCAACAAAGUAAACAUGGUAAUGUUCUAAGUUAGUGUCAAUGUUCAUAUUCAUGGAGCACAAAAAUUGUUCCCUUCCAUAGAGAUUGUAUGUUGGAGGGAACUAUUUUGAGCUUUAUGAAUUGACCUUUGACCCGCACAUGUUAACUCGAUGUGGGAGCUGUAUUUGGGGAUAAAUUCUACGUAUUUGCAAUCGACUGUCAACUACGGAAUUGGUUAGACUCUUGUCCUCUUCUGAUAAGCCAAUGAAUAAUUACCUCAUGAUAUUGCAUAAGAAAUGGCCGGAGGUCAAAACCAUUUAAAGACGUCAACGGAUUUGCCAUCACCAAAUUUAGGACCACCCGAUGUCAUUUUCUGAGUGUUAUUUUGUCUCCACUGAUAAUCGUAUUACUAUAUUGCUAUUGUGAUUAUAUACCUCAUUGCAUUGCAUAGCUUUGCAAGAACUCAUUACCUGCAUUUUGUGUAUAUUAGAUCAAUGUAUGAGUGUGUUGAAGAAAUGUACUGGUGUGCAUGUAUGUAUAUAAAAGGCACUAUUGCCCAAUGGCCUUUGUGAAAAAUAAAAACAAGUAGAAAAUGGGGCUUGAUUUAAGCAGGUUCUUCAGUCUUGCACCAAGAGUUGCAUGUUUAGCAGAUAAGAAAGUAGUCGAAGCAAUUUUUUUAGUUAAUAGUUAUUUAUGACAACAGAUCAUUUAGUAAUUAUAACUACUUGAAUUUUAAGCAUGAGCAGAAUAAUUGAUAUGAAUUAAGGAUUAUAUUAUUGACAGAAGUCAAAAUAAAUACAUGUAGUUCAUGCAAUUAAGCCAUAAAAUGAUAUUUUACAAGGAGGUGACCAGAAUCACAACGUUAUUCUUUUUUAAUUAAUAAAUAAUACAAUUCUAAAAAUUUUAAUGGAACUGAAAUAAUAUUACCAUGGGACAUACAUGAAUAUGUACUUCCACUAUUUGCAUGUUAAGGAUAAUUUGAUAAAGACUCUUUGUAGCACUUUAAAUCAACAUUUUGCAAACUUCAUGACAAGUGCUAAUUUUGAAUUGAUAACAGCAGAAUCUUUUGACAGUGCUGCUUAGAUUGUUUUGCUUCACGUAUGUGCCACUACUGUACCUUCAGCAAAAUGGAAUCAAGUGAAAUAAACCUUUUCCCUUUUUUUUUAGUUGUUGCAAGAAAGCACAUUUUUUAAAAGAUUUUUUUUUCUUCUGGUUUAUUCUAGAUGUUAAUGUAUGUCCUUAGUUUUAGGAAAUGUCUUCCUGCAUAUCCCUGCAUGUUUUAAAUCAAUGCUUAAUAUUCAUGUUGCAUGUUGAUCCAAAUGAAAGUUAAGAUUUAUAUUUUCAAAAGUAUUGUUUCAUUAAAAAGAUUACUUUUGUGAUGGUUGUCGUAGUUUGUUGUCAGUCCACAUCAUUUCGUCAGGAUGGGCAAUUUAAAUGAAUUAUAUUUUCUAAAGCUAAUUAAUAAGAAUAUAAAAAGGAAUAUGUGGACUUUUUGUAAACAAAAUUAGAAAAGAUAUACCCUGUACUGUAUAUGUUGCAUGUCUGCCCUUUCCCUCAGAAUAUUGCUUGCAUCAGAAAAAUUGGGUUUGGGUGCACUUUUGUGGAUUAUUUUCAAUUUGUUGAUGUAUAGCUGUUGGUCAUUCCACCAUCAUUUUCAUCUCUUUGAUGAUGUUUGAUAUUGCCUUUAGCAUCUUAAGCCAAAAUGGAAAUGCUUACUCGAGUGUCAAGAUUUUGUGUCAUUUAGUCUCUUUUAACAUAAGUUUUCUGAUACAGUAAAACCUGUCUGUAAAGGCCACCCAAGGGAAACAGGAAAACUGGUUACUGUAGACAGAUGGCCUUUCUAGACAGGUCCUACAACAUACAUUUUCUUCCUAGCGAGAAAUAAUAUAGAUGACCACUAUAGACAGGUGACCUUCAUAAACAGGUGGCCACUUAGACAGGUUCAACUGGAGUCACUGGACAUGUCUGCCAUCACUUAACUUUUGUUUAAUUUAAAUGCCUAUAAUUCAGGAGUAUUUGCUGAUCUAUAUUGCUUCAAGAUGUGACAUUUACAAUCAGUACCGAUAAAUAAACAAAUAAAGUAAACAUAUGCUAGUUAUUUUGUUAGUGUUCUUCCUUGUUUAUAAGAUCUAAUCCAAAAAUAUAUGGUGUAAUUAUAAGUUGAUGUUGGUGUUCAGACCUGAAGUUGAUAUUUGAUAUUCUUGUGUCCUAUUUUCUAUUGAUCCAUUCUCAUAAAAGAACUUAACUCAGCAAGGAUAAAUAACUGCAAUUUACAUUGUUUGUUCAUCUUCAUUUUGCAGAAAGUGCAUGAAUAUCAACCAUCUCAAUUUUUCUUGAUGAAAUUAACUUUUUUUCCCAUUUAAGUGAAUCUGUGUUAACACAUCUUAAAUCGUUAUUCAAGAAGUGGGAUUUAUAUAGGCUGCGUGGAUUACCGGUAUUGUUUUUAAAUAAGUUUAUGAUAUGAAGAUUUGUCCUUAUUGAGCUUCUUGAUGCUAUUUCAUGUAUUGGAUUAAAAGAAAUGUAUGUUUUCCAUUUAAAUGCAUACCUUAUUAAUUGGACAUAUUUUAUACAGGUUUGCAGAGGUACUAAUAAGGUUUGUUUUUGUUUCAAUAUAUCUUUUUUUAUGAUAAUGCUUGCAUUUUAUAGAUUUACAGCCACAUGAAAGCACUACAGAAAACUAAUAUUUGGGUCACACAGUUCAUUGUGAUAUAUUUAUCUAUGUGCAUUUAUGGAAAGUCUGAAAUAAGAUACAAAGCCGGAACUCAGUAAUCAAGGUAUGUGUACAUAAGUAUCAGUUAUCAAAUAUUCAGUAUUCUUUGAUUGAAUCUUUUCUCUGUUGCAGGUAAAUAUAUGAACAAACUUAUUUUGUAAAUCUGUCAAA